AUGGCAAUUAUUCCAACAACCACUACAACUCCAUCACAUCUCUCUUUUGCACUUUUACUCACCAUCUCAAUCCUCGCUUCCUUCUCCUCCCUCCCGGAAUCUCACGCCGGCGGCGGUUUCACCGUCAACCUCAUCCACCGCGACUCACCCAACUCCCCUCUCUACAACCCUACCGACACGCUCUUCGCGCGCGUGAGCAACGCGCUCCUGCGGUCCACUAAGCGCGCCAAGACACUAUCUCAGACACCAUCUCCUGGUCUUUCCGACAUAAUCAAUAGUGGAGGCGUUUACCUCAUGAACAUAUCCAUCGGAUCGAAGCGGGUCCCGGUGCUCGGAAUCACCGACACCGCAAGCGACCUCGUGUGGACCCAGUGCAAGCCCUGCAAGAAGUGCUUCCUGCAAGCAUAUCCUCUCUUUGAUCCGACAACCUCAUCCACUUACCAGGUCGUUUCGUGCGGAUCAAAAAUCUGCAGUGCUAUGAAUAAACGUUCCACGUUCUGCACUGGCGCGAACUGCGGAUAUCAGAUGGGGUAUGGGGACGGGAUCUCAUCAAGGGGCAUCCUAUCAACGGACCAGAUCAGUCUAGGAGGCUCCAAUACGCUCCCGCACGCCGUCUUCGGGUGCGGAAUUGAGAAUAGUUAUGAACCAUCCGGACAGAACGGGACGGGCGUAAUCGGACUCGCACGCGGGGCCGAUUCUCUCAUUUCGCAAUUGGAUUCUAUCAUCGACGGCAAAUUUUCCUACUGCUUGGUGGAUAUUUACAACUCGGGAGGUUUCAGCAAAAUGAGAUUUGGAAGUGAAACGGAGUUUUCGGGGGCAGGGGUGAUCUCCACUCCCCUAUUUUCUCAAAGUGGAAACAAUUUCUAUUAUGUACGAUUGGAUGCGAUCAGCGUGGGAAACAUAAUGGUGACAAAUUCCGACGUCCUUUCUCCUUCUUGUCCUCGUUCUUCGUCGUCCGUUGGUAACAUUAUCAUAGACACUGGAACGACGCUGCCGCAUCUCAUAAACAAGUUCCACGAUAGCUUGUUGCUGGUGGUGAACAAGAGCAAGGAGCUUCAGAAUUUGAGGCGCGUGGAGGACCCAACCAGGACUCUUGAUCUCUGCUACAGGUCGAAGGAGAUUGUGGGACCCACAUUGACGGCGCAUUUCGCGUGCGGUGCAAAUGUGACGUUGAGUCCUUCGCAUGCCUUCCUGAAAGUAGCGGAGGACGUCCUGUGCUUUGGGUUUGCGAAGUCGGAGAAUUUGGCCAUAUGGGGGAGCACGACGCAGAUGGACUUCUCGGUAGGUUAUGAUCUCAGGAAUAAUAAAGUCUUCUUCAAGCCUACAGACUGCACAAAAGAGUAG